CCACCUACCGGAGAAAAGACUGGGUCGAUUUUGAUCAUGUAGAUCAGAGAUGCUCAUUGCGCGGCUCGUCAAGCUUUAAUUGGCGGCUCGCACUGGCCAGCCAGCUUGAGAUGCGGGCACAAUGGAUCGUUUUUUAAUUAAAAAAGGGCAAAAACCAGCACAAGCACCAAACGAAAAUCAGCAUGAAGACGCCGGAGAGGGGACGAGCAGGCAAACGUCGGAUGUACCCAGUAAAAAACGAAAGGUACGAAGCUUACAAGAUGAGCGCAGGAAAUUUCAAGGAGAGUGGACAGACGAAUUCUUAUUUAUUCUUCAUGGCAUGAACCCUCUGUGCUUAAUAUGCAAACAAACCCGCGCCUGUUUCAAACGAAGCAACUUGGAGCGCCAUUUCUAAACUGCGCAUCCAAACAAAUACCAUUCUCCAAGUUGAACUCAGAGCAGGUGUUGGCCGCUUCUGGAGUUUGGUCUCUGAAGCAGACUUCCCCAGUUUGAAACCACUUGCACAGAAAGUGAUGUCUUUCUUCAUGAGCACAUACACCUGUGAGUCAACAUUUUCAACCAAACACUAUCAAGAGGAAACAGAGAAACCGACUGACCCAUGCUCAUCUUGAAUGCCUCACUGAUGAUUGCAACAACAAAACUAUAAAUACAACAUGAAGAAAGUCAAGGACAUGCAUGCCAGCUUCCGCUCAUCCCAGUAUUAAGGCCAGGAGGGACGGAGAGAGGUCUACAGGAGCUGACUGAGGCUGUGGGUGUGUGGUGCAGAAGCUGCUGCUGGAUUCUUCCCAGGAAAGUGCUCCAACAUGGCUCCGUCUUGGAUUGUUGGAUUAGUGUGGCUGAUGUGCAGCUCCAUCACUCCAUGUGAGUCUGCCAAGGAAGCUGAAGAUUUCCCUCAUAAAAGCUGUAACCAGCGUCAAUCAUGUAUGGGAAUAAUGUAUGAUAUCCGCGAGGCUGUGUGCUGUAAGGAUAAUCUUCAUCCAGGGCAAGGACUGUCAUGUUGUGGACAACAGCCUUUCAACCCAGCUCUAGCCACUUGCUGUCAAGUAGAAAGUGGAAGCACAUUUGCAGCCAAUGUUACGCUUGGUCUAAGUGAAACUGUGUCAGCCUGUUGUGGACUGGAGGCUUACAACCCAAUCAAUCAUUUAUGCUGUCAGUCAGCCAUCGUCACCAAACCUGUUCCGAUGGCCCAAUGUUGUGGAAAAGGGGGUUUUGAUCAGGAGAAGCAGCUGUGCUGUGGUCCCCCUCACGACAAGAAGGUCCUGACAAGGAUGUCCAAUAACCACCAGUGCUGUCAUCACAAGCAGUACGACCUCAUCACUCAAUGUUGCUGUGAGAUGGAUGGCACUCUCCACAUACAACCCAUUCAAUCAAAGUGCUGCAUGAAGGACUCAGCUCAGGCCCUGCUGGGUGAAGGCAAACUAAUGUCUGCUCCAAAGGCCCAGUGCUGUGAUAAAGCGGCUUCUGAGUCGGACAAAUGCCUGUGCUGCGGUGCGAUUAACAACAAGACGAUCCUGAUCAGGAAGUCCAGCCACCACCAGUGCUGUGGUCAUGAGCAGUAUGACACUGAGACUGAGUGCUGCCAUUGGACUGGUGAAGAUCCCAAGAUUCUACCCAUCAGUUCCAUCGACUGUGGAAAAAAGUCAGGUGUGCGGCUGCAGACACCCAUUCCUCAGUCCAACUGCAAUGAGCCACACACACGUCUCUGUGGCUCAUCAUGUUACAACCCCAAUGUAUUACAGUGCUGUGAGAUAAAGCAUACAAGUCACUGCAACUCAGGCGGAUGUGAUACCACCCCCACAGUGUAUGACCCACGCUCACAAGUCUGCUGUGACGGCUGUUUAUCAAAGAAGGAGCCUCUGAAAUAUCAAUUUCAUGGCUCACCUGGACAACACUGCUGUGGGACAGAAACGUACCAGCCUCACAACGAGAUCUGCUGCAAUGGUCACAGAUAUCCGAAAGGUGAACACAGUCAUUGCUGUGGAAUUCAUGUCUACAACAUUAAUGACAUGCACAUGAAGUGCUGUGCAGGGACUCUCUAUGACCUGGCAUCAUUAGGCAAAUACGAGCAAGACGUGCAGUGCUGUGGAUCCAUUCUACUAAAGCCAGAGAACCAAGAUGUUUGCUGCUCAAGUGUGGACAAAAAGGUGCCCUACUCGAUGGAGAGAGGAUUCAGAUGCUGCGGUCACCUAUACUACAACACCUCUCUGUGGUCGUGCUGUGACGAGAAGCUGAGUCCUUUACGCCACCCGGGACAGGCCAAGAUGAAUGAUGAAUCCAGAUAUCUUUCAGAGAACAAUCUGAACUCAAAAGAUCUUUGCAAACAAAUGAAUUUCGGCACCGUGGAAAGUGUAUCUCUGCACAGUGUCGUGUUCCGCAGUGUGCUUAAAAUCCACCCAAUGAACGGCACUGUUAAAGCUCUGGCAUCGCCUUACAUCCUGAAAACACCUGAUCGUUGCAGCAAGCCUAAACUGAUCCCUGGCAUGACAUACUACUUUAAUGAAGUUCAUGUCUUCACUGGUUUCACCCAUGACCCUAUUCAGUCGCUCUAUUUCAUUAUUUACAAAUGUCAGAAUCUCAACACCUUUUGUCAUUGCUGUUUUUCUGCUGAAGAACAUACUUCUCCUAUAUAACUAGUAGUGUUCGCACUUUAUUUGCCUUUAUUUUACAUCUCAUGGAACAACUGUAUUUUUAUCAUCUAUUAUCUACAGCUACUGAGUUUCACUGUGCAAUCACUAACCCUGCUUUUGACUGACGACAAUCACUCCUGUAUCGGGGACUGACAUGUGCAUGGUGAAGUAAUCAUCUGUAGACUACAGUAUUGUCUCUGAAUAUACAGCUAAAACCUCAAGCAGUAAAAGCUUUGUCCUCUGCUGAAAAGUUCAGUCUCCAAACUAAUGUUGAUUUUAAGCUAAACAGCUAUCUGUUAAUAUUACUGAAAGUUACUCUUCUUAAGUUUGAUGCUAAUUUACUUCUUAUAUUACUGUUACUUUAUUAUUGAUAGUAGUUAGUAAAUAACUAUAAGCUUGAAACCUACCCACAGCUAUGGCAUGAGUCUUCUUUUAUUGUUCCAUUUUAUUCUGCAUUCAGAGUGCAUUAUUUUUUCAAGUGAGUGUGUAUUAUUAUGCAAAGUCAUAGGAAUCACAUGCACGUGUUUGAUGCUAUUAUUUUUCUAAGUCAUAAACAUUUUGAAUCACAAUUCACUAUGAAUUUAAGCUCUUUUUGAGCAAGUGUUGACUACAGAAAACCAAAAUUUUGGGGAUUUAUACAUAUUCUAUUACAUGUUGAUUUUUGAUAUAAUGCAA